AUGUCUACUGAGCCACUCACCCUCUCCUCUCCACCCGCCCUCCUCAUAGUCGACAUGCAAAACACCUUCUGCCACCCCAACGGCGUCUUCGUCAAAGCCGGAAUCCAAGUGCCUCCCAGCACAAUGACCCGCGUAACGCACCAAAUCAACGCCCUCCGCACCGCCUUCCACACGCAUAACUUCCCCGUCAUUUUCGUCGGCUACGCCUUCAACGAGGACUACUCCAACUCGGGCUUGAUCUGGGAGAUCCCCGGCGGGGAGCAGAUGAAAGCUAACAAGAUUCUUGUGAGGGGCAGUUGGGAUGCGGGAAUUAUUGAUGAGUUGAAGCCGGAUGAGGGCAAGGGGGAGGUGGUGUUGGAGAAGUAUCGGAAUAGUGCGUUUGCGGCGGGGACGAAGUUAGAGGAGGUGUUGAGGAGUAAGGGCGUGCAGCAGGUUGUGGUUUGUGGGUGUGCGACGAAUGUCUGUGUGGAGAGUACGGUUAGGGAUGCGGCGGGGAGGGAUUGGAGGUGUAUGACUGUAGACGAUGCAUGUGCUGCAUUGACGACGGAGGCGCAUGACGCCUCUUUGAAGAACCUACAGUGGCAAGGAGGCGUGUGUGAUACCGCGCAGGUUGAGGAGGCUCUGAAUCGAAUCUCAGCAUGA